AACUUCACUCCACGCUUCGACGGUCACGAUCCCUUCCCUCUCUCCAAUGUAGAGUCCGUUUACAUCCGUAUAAAUACAAAAAUGUAACCCCCUCUUCUUCCCCAUCCCUCCAUAUAUCAUAAAAAACGCAGUUCACACAACCGCAACACACACAGAAUUCCUUUCUCGAUCCUCGAUUCGGUAUUCCUAUAUGGUUUCCGUUUAUCCGAACCUUCCACCGUCUCCAGAGUUGUUCUACUACUUCGCCGGGGAUCCGACGAAAACCGGUCUUCCUGCCCUGCAUUCCAAUCAGCCAGUGACGGUUAUGAAUACAUCGGCCGUACCGGCGAGCGAGAAUUCCGAUAGCGUCGGUUUGCUUCCGGAGGACUCGAACAAGAAGGUGCGCAAGCCUUAUACCAUCACCAAGUCCAGAGAGAACUGGACUGAGCAGGAGCAUGACAAGUUUCUAGAAGCGCUCCAACUCUUUGACCGUGAUUGGAAGAAGAUUGAGGCAUUUGUUGGAUCGAAGACAGUUAUUCAGAUACGUAGUCAUGCUCAGAAGUACUUUUUGAAGGUCCAGAAGAGUGGGGCAAGUGAACAUGUACCACCCCCACGUCCAAAGCGAAAGGCAUCUCAUCCAUACCCGCAAAAGGCUCCCAAAAGUGGACCACCGUCUUCUCUACUUGAACCUGGAUAUGUAAUCAGGCCUGAUUCUUUGUCUGUGCCUGCCAACUCAAUCGGCAAUGCAGUUUUAUCUCCUUGGAGUUACAGUAAUGUCCCUGGUUUUAGUAUAUCACAUGUGACUAAAGAUGACAUACAAUUACUGGGCACGGCCAUGUCCAAAAAUUGCAGCAGUAGCAGUAAUGAAAGCACACUCAGGAAUUGGCCUACUAAGCGAACCAGUAAUCAAGGGAAAGAGAAACAAAACAAGCAAAUCCGAGAAAUUCCAGAUUUUGCUCAAGUUUACAGUUUCAUUGGCAGUGUCUUUGAUCCAAACUCAAGUGAUCACUUGCAGAGAUUAAAACAGAUGGACCCCAUAAAUAUUGAGACGGCCCUGAUGUUGAUGAAGAAUCUUUCUGUCAAUUUAAUAAGCCCAGAAUUUGAAGAUCAUAGGAGAUUACUAUUGUCAAACAACCUGGGUGCUGACAAGUUAUCACAGGUCCUCUCAUGAAGAGUGUCAGAGUGAUGAUGGGCCUUGUUAGUAGAAACACAAAUAUAUACCAUCUUCCCUGCACUGUUUUGCGGAGUGAGAUAAUUACAUUUGCCGGUGCCCUCAUCAAGCAUGAUAGGGGAAGUCGAGUACUUUAAAGUAGUUAUAUGCAAUAUACAUGUGCUACUAGAGAGUUUGCUCCAAUUCCAUGUUUUCUGUACAUAAGUUGAUAUAGAAAUUGGUCCGAGAGAUUACAGAAAAUUUAAACUUGUAUAAAGUUUGUCUGUCUCCGAAAUGGUUAGAGUCCUAUGGUGU